UGUAGGUGAGAGUCGAGCUAUAGCCGGACAUCCGUGUGUGUGUGUGUUCCAAACUAAAGGGAUUAACCUCCCUAAAACAGACGUCGGUUACCAAGCCAACGGAUAAAUCCCGGCCGUGUAUAUAUAAUAAUUACGGAACAAUUCUCUUUACCGGCCAGUGAAAACUUUGAAGCGUAUUCUCCGUUGCAGCCGAUUCGUGUACACGCAACAGCUUUGCAUUGGGCGGUGGAAGGGAAUGAAUUCGAGGAACUUGGUGUGAUAGACUGUGUGGAAGACUUCAAAUUUGUUAAAUUCCAGCGUGUUACAGUAUAUUGCACUACUGUGAAGCGCCUGGAGACGUGUUACUAUUACAAGUGCUUAACUUCGUAUUUUAAAAUUGUAUCGUAAUGCUUUAAAGUACAUUGCACCGGAUGAAAAUUAUCGCUAGGACACCACCCUGGAAAUCAGUGGUUCAAGACGGUUCCCACCAGGGCAAAGGAAGAUUACUAAAACUUCGGGUGGCAGCGGUGCCCAUCCGCCCAAUGAUCUUUUAAAGUUUCAGUAUUUGCUUUGUACUAAACUUCAGUACAUACGAUUUGUUUCAUCUCCGGUUUGAAAUCUUAACUCAUGGCAUCUUAUAAAACUGAGAAAACCUGGGAUGACUUGCAAGAAAGUUUUAAUCGUAUCCGAAUGCAGCUUGGCCUUGUUCCCCAGCCAGGAUGGGAGAAUCCUGUGGCUAGUGACGUUCAUCAACGUGCUUUUUCAACGAGUCAGCAUGACAGACAGAAGGUGCACUCCCCAUCCAACCUGCCCAGAUUGUUGGUUACAUCUGAUGCAAUUCCCAACAGACCUAUUACUGAUCUACGACGGGGUCAUUGGGAGGUGGUUCCUUCAUUGUACAAUGUCAGUUUGAAGAGAGAAGAAGCGGCAAGUAAAACAAUGCAUAGCACCUUUCAGCAGCCAAUCAGUCCUCUAAAAUUCUCCUACAGUCCUCACGUAACUAUGACCUGCCUCACAGAUCGUCCUCUGCUGAAUGCAUCUUUUAAGAGACAAGGAGAUGAUAAAAUGUCAGUAAGAACUUGGAGUCCUAGCACAGGAUUUAAGUGGGAAUCUGCAGCCUAUCAUUUCUUCAAGGAAAACCAGCUGUUUGCCAGAAACUUUGUGGAUACAAUCAUCUUGGAGGUGAUUCAAGAUGAAUUGGUACCUGAUAUCUUAACAGAAGUGCUAUUGAAUGAUGACACUAAGUAUCAACCAGUAUAUGCAUCAAGUAUGAAGAAAUUCCUCAUUCGGAAUGAACAGCAACAAACAGCCCAAUUGAUUGCAUUUAAGCAACGACCAGCAGUGUUAAUAUUGGAAACACUCUUGGAGGAAGAAAUCAGUGACCUCACAAGAGCAUUGAUCAGAACUGUUUUAGAGGAGUUUGUUAACAUUCACCUGACCACUGCCAUCAUCAAUGAAUCUCUGACAGAACUCAUCAUGGAGACCAUUGAGCCAAUGGUGCCACAACUUGUGAAAGAAACAGUAAAUGAGAUGGUACUGGAGGAGAUCCUGCAGGAAGAUAUUGUUCCAGAUGUGUUAGAUGAAGAAAUGAGGAAUGUUGUGCUGCUACAACUAAGUGAACCUGUCACCGAAGUGUAUGAAGAGCAGUUGGAGGAGGUCAGAAUAUAUGCCAGCAAGAGACUGAUUGACAUGUUUGUUCUGGAGAUUCUCCUGAAGACUUUGGCAAAUAAAGGAAGAGCAUUCUCUGAAGAGGUUGAGUUGGACAGGCUGUCAGACAGUUCAAUGCUUGACAUCCUUUUAGGCCAGUACCUCAACAUCAGCCAAUACAGUUGUGCAGCCAUUGACAAUGUGGCACUGCGGGAUUACCAUUUGAAGGCUUUUACAGAUGUGGCACUGGAUGUGAUUCUGACGGAAAUGGGUGAACAUAUGGAUGAGGACAUGGCUGAUCUUUUCCAGUAUGAAAGACAAAUGGAAGAAGCAGACUCUAAUGUAGAGUAAUGAAAUUGGUGCCUUGGGCUGAUGAUGUUGUAUUCAUUCUAACUGUGGUUGCUUAUAUUCCAAUUUGCUGUACCAAAAGAAGAGAAACGUGUUUACCAUUGUAUCAUGUAACCUUAAACAUAUUAAGGAUCUUUAUAAAUUCUAUUUCUUAUUUUGAAAUGACAAUCUUACAUGAACAGUAGCUAUUAAGUUGGCCAGAGCUCAGGAACACUGUCCUGCUCUUUGAACACUUUGGUUUGAUCUAAAGUCCCUAUAUAAAAGAUUGCCAAUAAAGCAAUAAUCAUUCCUUAAAUGGACAUUCAUCUUUAUUUAUGGAAGAGUCAUUUAACAAAGGAUUUUCUCACUUCAGAAGUUUCUUGGGAAAUUGUCUUGCACUGAAGGCCCUCACAAUGAGGUAUUCACAAGGAUAUAAAUGUCUAGCACCAUUCCUUCUCCACAGGCAGACAAUUUCCAUUCCACCACAGUUAUAGACUUUAAAAAUGGCUGUCCUCAUUGUUACGUUUAGUAAUUGUGGCUUCUAUUUUGAG